GCAGCUCCGCGCACGGAAGUGCUUGGUGCGCCGGAAGCGGCGGCAGCGGGGAUGGCGGCGUGGGGGCGCUGAGGGCGGUCACCAUGGCGGAACUGGCAGCGGCGGAAGGGCCGCCGCGGGGCCGCACACCCAGUCCGGGCCCCGGGGGAGUGCCGGGACCGCCCAGCCCUCGCUCGGCCGCGCCGGGUUUCUCCGGCGCUAUGCUGAGCCCGAGUCCUGCCGGUGCGGCCCGGCCGCCCUCCGCCUCCAAAUGGGUGCGGCUGAACGUGGGCGGAACGUACUUCGUGAGCACCCGACAGACGCUGUGCCGGGAGCCCAAGUCCUUCUUGUGCCGCCUCUGCUGCCAGGACGGGCCCGAGCUCGGCUCCGACAAGGAUGAGACAGGAGCGUAUCUCAUCGAUAGAGAUCCCACAUAUUUUGGUCCAAUACUGAACUACCUCCGACAUGGGAAGCUCAUCAUAAACAAGGAGCUCGCAGAAGAAGGGGUACUGGAAGAAGCUGAGUUUUACAACAUUGCGUCGCUUGUGCGGCUGGUGAAGGAGCGGAUACGGGAUAAUGAGAACAGAACCUCUCAAGGACCUGUGAAGCAUGUAUACAGAGUCCUUCAGUGCCAAGAGGAAGAGCUCACACAGAUGGUGUCCACCAUGUCUGAUGGGUGGAAAUUUGAACAGCUAAUCAGCAUUGGAUCUUCAUAUAACUAUGGAAAUGAAGACCAGGCAGAAUUCCUCUGUGUUGUGUCUAGGGAACUCAACAAUUCUACCAAUGGCAUUGUCAAAGAGCCCAGCGAGAAGGCAAAGAUUCUUCAAGAGCGAGGAUCUCGGAUGUAAUUCAAGUGUCCACUCCUCUAGAACUCCCAGAUGUCAAAAGGGCAAUCUAGUUGGACAGAGCAUGUCUCCACAAUGCAAACUUGCCCCUGUACAGUAACCAAGCUAAUGCAAAGCAAAGCCAAGCCUGUCCUGCCAGUUAUGAGUAAUUCUAGUCCUAACCAAAGGCUUUCCUUCUAUUCUGGAGAACAAGAAAGGACAAAACUCUUCCAGGUGGAUUUCAGUCCGUUCCACAAGUAUUUGUUUUAUUUUUUGGCCAGUGCUGUACUGAAUUUUUCCAACAACAGCUGUGCUGGAUUCCCAGUUGGAUUCUUUGCAAAGGUUGCUUAGGUCCACACAGCCUUGUGGUCAGUCCUACCUUACACAGGCUGCCAUGGGUGGAAAGGUGUGUUUGACCUGUGCCUAUGUCUACAACCAUCAGAACAGUGCAGAGAUCUUGCAGUGCUCCCUCCUGAUCAGCCAGUCCCCCACAGAUCAGAACAGGGCUUUAAAAGAAGGAGCAAAGAAGCUACUUGUAAAAAACAGUUUUUUUCAUUCUUGCUUUGUAUUUGUUCCUUGUACAAUUCCUAGGAGCUGAGCUUCGCUAAUAAGGGGAGCGGAGUUACACGUGCAUCUAACACAGGUCUUGCUGUUAGCACUAUCAUAUAUGGGCUCCUGGCGUUUUCCAAAGCCCAUUUCUUCUCAUGCAUGCAAACAGACCUGUGUUCACCUAGAACAGUGACAGAGUAAUGGUUCUGUCCUGUAUACCUCUCUGUUGAAGAAGAAUGGUGACAUCUUCCCCUUCGACACCUUGCCAUGACCAUAUAUCUUAGCCUGGUGCAAAAUCACAAGGUUAGGGACUUGUUCCAGCCAAGUUCAGCUUUGCCUUGUAUCCAGCAGCAUGGGCUCUGUCACCUGCCUUUUCACCAAGGGAGGACUGUGGGCAGAACUUCUUUUGUACUGUAGCAAGCAGGUAGGUUUGAUUUUACCCACGGGACUUGUUACAGAGGAGAUCCGCUAUUUACAUACAGUGAUUUAACUGCACCUUCCCUCGUGUCCCCAACCUUUAAAGAGAUCAGCUCAAAUUACACAGGGGCAUCAAGAGCUGGGGGUGUGGGGGGUGUGAAAAGUUGCCAAACUGUUGUAAUAUAUUUUGUCCAAUGUGUCAACUUCUGUGACUUUUUUUGAAUGCCUUGGAUAGAUGUGCAAAAUGUUCGUUUGUGCCUCUCUUGAACUCUAAUCUUAGCCAAAUUGCAGUCACUGUUUCCUCUAUGUUAAGCUGUGCCAUCCCUAACCAAGGGCAUGUCCCUCCUAGUCUGGUAAAUGAAAUUUCUUAGGAAUUUG